GGUGUCGUUUUAAGUUCUUGGGUUUUUCUUGCUUCUUGGAGAAAAAUUCAGACCCUGCAAGGUAGCAUAAGCAGCGGCCAUGUCGUGGAUGAAAGGAGAUUUGCUUUCGACCAGGAAGCUUGUCGGUGGCUUGGUUACACGAGAGCCUUUAUGGCUCAAAGCCAUGGAAGCUUCACCCCCUCCAGUGUUUCCUCGAUCUGAAGGGAAAAUCAAGAAGAUCGUUCUCCCAGAGGAUAUGCACGUGCGGAAAUUCUACAGCGAGUAUCCUGAGUCAAAAUAUGAAGACCCCAUCAAGAUCGCGUCAUGUGUUCCAGAACCAGCACGUGUAUUUGGAAUGCGAGUCGUAUUGAAGGAACAUGGCGUUAGCGAAGAAGAAGCCAUGGCUGUGGCUGAUAUGGAAUACAGCUCGGAGAAAAAGGCAAAGAAGAAGGCAUACAGACGACUGAAGGAACUUGCGAAAAUGCAGGGGAAGAAACCUCCACCUAGACCGUACCCGAGUGCCGUGAAAGGGAUACAAGCUCCGGAGAGGAAAUACGUGAAGGAACGUUUCCAAAUUCCAAACUUACGGAAGCUGGUUAAUCAGCUGAAACAGCAGAGAGAGCUGUUGUUGCAUGAUGGAACUGGAGGAGGAGCUGCUGGUAAGAGUAACUGGAUGAAUGAAUAAAGAUCCUGAUUCUCUCACUUGGGUAGGACAAUGUUUCUUCAUUUAUGUUUUGAGUUUCUGGUUUCCGGUUUACUGUGUAAUUGAUUUCAGUCCGGUUUAGCAAAAGUUGGUUCAGUUUGGUUCA